CUUCUAUGAACAGCGGCAAACCCAGAGCAACUGAGGUGCUCUUUGACUGACCUUCCGAUGCAAGCCAGAGGGGCUGUCCAGAAUGGACCCAAGGAGGUGGAUGAGAACUUGCAUUACUGGACCCAACCCACAUCUUCAGCGAGGGGCCAUGCGGGUGAGACGGUGGGGCAAGGCAGCAGUGCAGGAGGAGCUAAAGACUGGCUCUGCCACUGCGAGCCUGCUCAAGCCCUCCAUUCCUGUCAGGUGCCGGAGGAGAACGCAGCAGCACCCUGGGAGAAACUGAGGCCAGCAACCCUAAGGGCGGGUGCAGGCAGCCAUCAACAUCACUCUGGGCCCAUCGCACUGUCUCACACCUUGGUUAGUCACGUUCAACAGCAUGACCUCUUCUCUAUGGGGGCUCAGACUAACUUGAGGGAAGCCCUGGAAUCUGAAUUCAAGGAUUUCGGGCGGACAAACGACCUGGAGCAGUUUCCUGGAUAUGGGAAGGACACAUCCCAGAGCUCCCCUGAUGUCAGUGUGUUUGUGGUAGCAAAAAACAAACCGACCUCUUCCAGGAGGGAGGAUCUUUACAGCAGACCCGAGAGCAGGGACCAGGACAAAGCAGGCUCAACCCCAGCCUCGAGCUACAGGAACCCCUCAAUGAACUGUGCCCAUCCGUGUGAUUUUGGGAAGGAGUUACUUGGCUCAAAUCAGAGUUUAAACAAGAGCACGCUGACUAGCCUGCGUGAUGGUCAGCACCAGUCAGAACUGCCCAGUCAAGACACUGGGUACGAAUCUCAGGAUGACUUUGGAAUUGGUCAGCUGGAUCCACCUGGACCACUGCGUUCCGGAUUGAAUGACAUAGAGCCCCAUGGUCCUUUGUGGUCCUUGGAAUUUCCCAUGGGAGAUUUCCAGAUCCAUCCAAUGUUUCCCUAUCCUAAUAGACCAGCCUGUCUCCAUCCAUACCCUCCUGGGGUUCCUCCAUCCCAAUAUCAACGUUUGCAGACUCCAGGUGACAGGAGCUGCAAUCCUCCGGUCUGCAACUGCAAACAGUGCUCUGGCAGCAUAAAUCAGCGUGGUCCACUCCUUCUGCAUCCUGGUCAAAGCUACAGCCAAGAUGUUGCUGUGAAAGAGAUGUUACCUUUUCAACCACAUGGAUAUGGAGUGUUUAACAGCCCACCUCGGUAUAUUCUGAGGCACCCUUGGAGCGGAGGAACUGAAAGGAACUUCACCCAGGAUCGACCUCAACCACAAGAACAUCAAGAAAACCUACCGCCAGUAAAUGGCAGAAGAAUUAAUGGGAAGAUACCUGGAAUUUUUGAUGAUGAACGGCAUCUUGCACAGAAUGAAAUAACUCGUAUUCCUCCACCAGCUUGUAAUGUACAAGACAUUCCCACCAGUGGUGUUGAAAGAUGUGGCAGCCCAAGAACUAUUAACUUGCCACAUUCCUUACGAAAGGUAUUUGUAACAUACUCUGUGGACACAGCCAACGAAAUCUGUUUCUUUGUGAACUUCCUGCGUGCCAAUGGCUUUGAAACAGCAAUCGACAUUUUUGAGGACUCAGUUCGGGGAAUAGACAUUAUCAAAUGGAUGGAAGGAUAUCUGACUAAUAGAGAAGUGAUGAUUGUAAUAGCAAUUAGUCCAAAGUACAAGCAGGACAUUGAGGGAAGUAGAUUGGAGCAACUGAACGAUGAGCACAGUUUGCACACAAAAUACAUCCACAGAAUGAUGCAGAUUGAAUUUAUACAACAAGCAAGCAUGAACUUUAGGUUUCUUCCAAUACUUUUUCCGAAUGCUACCAAGGCACAUGUGCCCAGCUGGCUACAGAAUACACACAUCUACAACUGGCCAAGAGAUCGGAAGCGAAUCCUCCUCCGACUGCUGAGGGUAGAAGAAUAUGUUGCUCCACCAAUUGGACAGUUGCCCACGAUUCAAGCAGUCCCUCUUUGAUCCCUUUAUUUCAUUGACCUGUUUCGUUUUGAAUUAGCCGGCUGCAUACAUUCUUGACUCAAUAGAGGCCCCACCUUGUUAAAGUGGACUGCAUAGAGGUUACUGUAAUUGCCAAGCUGGGUCAGCGUUUGAUCAAUACGUUUCUCUUUGGUGAGUUAUCGUGCAGUGGAUUGGCUGCUGCACCCACUGUGAGGUUCUCCAGGUCAAGGUCAACCCUGGGAUUGUCUGUGACCUCUGUAAAUCUGAAAAAAAUGCUUGAAACAUCAUCAAUUUGCAUAUCAUCAACAAACUUACAAAUCAGCCCUAAGGCAUGCAACAUUCUGGUUACCCAUCAGGCAGGGAGCAUCUCACACAUAACAUACUUUCUUAAAAAACCUGCAGCUGGUGAGCAGUAGAAGAUGACAAGACGGGUAAUAAAAUGUCCCCUCCCAGCUGACCUUAUUACUCUAGAUGUUAAGAGUCAUCACAGAACGAGGAACUCCUACCCGGGCUUUUUUGCUUCCUGUUAUCUAUUUUCAGAGUGACCACAAGCACUGGGGAAAGCUCAUUGCCAGAGGCACUGGAGAAAGCAGAACAAUAAGAACAUUGACAGGCAAACACUUAAAUUAAAAGAAUAACUUUUUUUAAACAUGUCCUUUCUCCCUCAGGUUCUCAGCUCUGGUGUUUGCCGCAGCCACUCUGGCCAUUAGCAAGCGCCACAUUCGAGACAUUCUCUUCGUAAAGACUUUGCUCUUAAUUGUCCUGUUGAACUUAUGAGAAAAGGGAAAGUAAGGUACACAUUUUAUACUGUUUCUUAAAUGAACAGGAUGCCUCUGAAUACUUCUCUGCCAGUGAGGUAUUUCUGCAGAUGUUGCAAGAACUUAAUGCAGAUAAUCUGUGCACAGCAAGUUCAGUUGUCAAAGAUGUGAUAAUGGCCAAGACAUGUGAUAAUGUAGUUAAGUCACAUGCCUUUCCUAGAAGUAGUACUACUGGAUACUUAACGUUCACCGAGUCAAACGUACCUCUGGGCCCGCAAUGCUAUGCCAAACCAAUUAAAUUAGUAAUCAAAUGGCUAACUAAACUAAUCUCUUCUGCCCACAUAAAUGUCCAUAUCCUUCCAUAUUCCUGACAUUCAUGUGUCUAUCUAAACAUCUUGUAAAAUCAGUGCAAGGCCAAUAAGAAGAGGGGAGGUGUAAGCGGAGCAUCCAUUGUGGGAGUGGGCCAAUGUUAGACGUUGCCACUACAGGCUUGGGCAAGCACAAACAUAGGUUCUAAGUAAGUUUCUAGUAAGUAAUUUUUUUUUCUGUUGGUACACUGGGAAUGGGUGCAGAGGUAGUGGUAUGUGAGAUGUGGGAAACCUAAUAAAAAGAACUGGAGCUGCAGCUGGAUGACUUUUGGCUCAUAUGAGAGAAUGAAGAGGUGAUAGAUAGGAGCUAAAGGGAAGUAGUCACUCCUAAGUUGCAGGAGGCAGGUAGCUGGGUGACUGCCAGGAGAGGGAAAGGGAAUGCCAAUGCAAAGUACCCAUAUGGCCAUUUCCCUUAAUAAUGUGUAGUAUUUUGGAUACUGUUGUGGGGGUGGGGGGAAGGACUUACUAGGGAGAAGCAGCAGUGACUGAGUCUGGCUCUUUGGCUCAGAAGGUUAGGGGGAAGAAGAAGAGUGCAGUAGUGAAAGGGGAGGAGCAGAAAGCAGAUUCUGUGGAUGUGAAAGAGACACUGGAUGGUAUGUUGACUCCAAGGUGCCAGGGUCAGGGAUGUUUUGGAUCGGGUCCAAAGCGGGAGAAGGAACAGCUCGAAGUUGAGGGACACAUUGGUACCAAUGACAUAGAUAGGAAAAGGGAGGAGGUCCUGAAGAGAGAAUAUAGGGAGUUCGGUAGAAAGCCGAGGUAGUAAUCUCUGGAUUGCUGCCUAUUGCCACAUGCCAGUGAGGGUAAGAAUAGGAUGAUUUGGCAAUGAAUGUAAGGCUGAAGAACUGGUGUAUGGGGCAGGGUUUCUGAUUUCUGGUUCAUUGGGAUCUCUUCUGGAGAAGUUAUGAACUGUACAAAAAAGAUUGGUCUACUCUUUAUCAAAUCACGGUAUUGCUUUGCACUGUAUGUUAUAAUUAUGUGGUUUUUGUCAGUUUUAGUCUUGGUUUGUCCUGUGUUUCUUGUGAUAUCACUCUGGAGGAACAUCGUACCAUUUUUUAAUGCAUGCAUUUCUAAAUGACAAUGAACGACGACUGAGUGUCCUCAUAAUCUAAUCUAAUCUAAAGGAAAUUACAGAGCAUGAGAGAGGAGCUGGCCAAAGUUGACUGGAAGGGACUCUAACAGGGAUGAUGGCAGAACAGCAAUGGCUGAUGUUCCUGGGGGAAAUUCGGAAGGUAUAAGAACGAUACAGCCCAAAGCUGAAGAAUUACUCUACAGGGAGGGUGAGGCAACCGUGGAUGACAAGGGAAGUCAAAGACACGAUAAAAGCAAAAGAGUGGGCCGAUAAUAGAGCAAAAAAAUAGUGGGAAGGUGGAGGAUUCGGAAGCUUUUAAAAACCAACAGAAGGCAACUAAAAAAGCCAUAAAGAGAGAAAAGAUGAAAUAUGAAGGUAGGCUAGCUAAAAGAGAAUACAAGAAGUUUUUCACAUAUAUAAAGAUUAAAAGCAAGCCCAGAGUGGAUAUUGGACCACUGAAAAAUGACGCUGGAGACGUAGUAAUGGUGGGACGAAGAAAUGGCAGAUGAACUUAAUAAGUAUUUUCACUGUGGAAGACACGAGCAGAAUGCCAGAAACGUGGAAGUAUCAGGGGCAGAAGUGAGUGUCAUUAUUAUUACUAAGGAGAAGGUGCUUGGGGAACUGAAAAGUCUGAAGGUAGUGACCUGGACUACACCCCAGAGCUCUGAAACAGGUAGCUGAAGAGAUUGCAGAGGCAUUAGUAAUAACCUUUAAAGAAUCAUGACAUUCUGGAGUGGUUCCUGAGGUCUGGAAAAUUGCAAUUGUCUCUAAUGUUUCUGCCCUACCACCACCUCAGGCAGCGCAUUUCAGGCACCCACCGCUCUGUGUAAAAAAAAACUUGCCCUUCACAUCUUUGAAAUUACCCCCCUCACCUUAAACGCAUGCCCUCUGUAAUGAGACAUUCCAAUUCUUGGAAAAAGGUAUUGUCUGUCUACUCUAUCUUUGCCUCAUAAUCAUAUAAGCCUCUAUCAGAUCACUCCUCAUCCUCUGCUGCUCCAGAUAAAACAACCCAAGUAUGUCCAACCUUAUGUUAUAGCACAUACCCUCUACUCCAGGCAGCAUCCUGGCAAACCUCUUCUGCAUGCUCUCCAAAGCCUCCACAUCUGGUCACAUGGGGUGACCAGAACGGUAUGCAAUAUUCCAAAUGCGGCCUAACUAGAAUCUUGUAAAGCUGCAACAUAACUUUCUGAGUUUUGAACUCAGCGCCUCAACUAAUAAUUAGGUCACCAAAUUACAGGAAGGAUAUAAAUAAGGUUGAAACAGUGUAGAGAAGGUUUACAAGGAUGUUGUCGGGACUUGAGAAACUGAGUUACAGAGAAAGGUUGAAUAGGUUAGGACUUUAUUCCCUGGAGCAUAGAAGAAUGAGGGGAGAUUUGAUAGAGGUAUAUAAAAUUAUGAUGGGUAUAGAUAGAGUGAAUGCAAGCAGGCUUUUUCCACUGAGGCUAGGGGAGAAAAAAACCAGAGGACAUGGGUUAAGGGUGAAGGGGGAAAAGAUUAAAGGGAACAUUAGGGGGGGUUUCUUCACACAGAGAGUGGUGGGAGUGUGGAAUAAGAUGCCAGAUGAAGUGGUAAAUGCAGGCUCACUUUUAACAUUUAAGAAAAACUUGGACAGGUACAUGGAUGAGAGGUGUAUGGAAGGAUAGGGUCCAGGUGCAGGUCAGUGGGACUAGACAGAAAAAUGGUUCGGCACAGCCAAGAAGGGCCAAAAAGCCUGUUUCUGUGCUGUAGUGUUCUAUGGUUCUAUGGUUCCAAUAAAGGCAAGCAUGCCAAAUGCCUUCUUAACCACCCCAUCAACCUGUGUAGCCCCUUUCAGGGAGCUAUGACCUUGGACCUCAAGAUCCCUCUGCUCAUCAACACUGUUAAAGGUAUUUCUCUUAACAUUGUGCUCUCUCUUUACAUUUGACUUACCAAGGUGCAACACUUCACUUUUGACUGGGUUAAACUCCAUCUGCCAUUUCUGUAACUGAUCUAUAUCCCAUUGUAUUCUCUGGCAGUCUUUUGUGCUAUCCACAACACUGCUGAUUUUCAUACCAUUUGUAAACUAUCCAUCUACAUUUUCAUCCAGGUUAUUUAUAUGUAUCACAAAAUGCAGAGGUCCCAGUACACUUCCCUGUGGAACAUCACUAAUCACAGACCUCCAGCUGAAGUAAGCCCCUUGAACCACUACCCUCUGUCUUCUUUAGGCAAGCUAGUUCUGAGUCCAAGUGGCCAAUUCACCAUGGAUCCCAUGUAUCUUGAUCUUCUGCAUGAGCCUCUGAUGAAGUAACUCAUCAAAUGCCUUAGAAAAAUCCAUGUAGACCUCUCCCUAGUUAUCUCUUGUUCUUGAUUUGUGUAUAGAUUGUCUUUGGAUUCUCUUUAAUCCUUCUUGCCAAGGACUUACCAUGGCACCUCCUGGUUUUCCUAAUUUCAUUCUUGAGUUUUCUUCUGGUUUCAUUAUAAUCUUAAGGUCCACUGACCUGCACUGUAAAGCUUCCUAAGCUUUACAUACUUUUCCUUUUUCUUCUUGACUAAAUUCAUCACCUCUCUCAACAUCCAAGGUUCUCUUACCUUGCCAUCCUUGUCCUUCUUUCUGACUGGAACAUAGCAGUCCUGUUCUCUCUGCAGUUGGUCUCGAAACACCCUCCACAUGUCAGAUGUGGACUUGUCCUAAAACCAGCUGUUCCCAAUUAAUUGUCCCUAGUUCCUGCCUAAUGCUCUUGUAAUUUUCCCUGCUUCAAUUUAACACUCUCCCACAAGUUCCAUACUUAACUUUUUCUUCCUUUUUCCAAUAUUUUUAUUACAUUUCAUAUACACAAAUACAGAAUUCAUAAGGAUAAUUAUCAUAAAUCAAAAUAAGGUAGCACAAAAUGCACUAUAUAUAAAUCACACUGAUACAAUCAUGGUAUCCUAUAUUCAUGAGCAAUCAAAUGAAAUAAAUUGAAUUAUGAAAUAUGGUUAAUUAUAUUAUUUAAAAAAUCUACACCCACACUACCAAGACAAAGCUGGUUGGUAAAAAAACAAAAGAAAAAAAGAGUACCUUACUAUAUAGUGUUUAUAACAAUAGCCCAGAUCUAUAUUUUAAUAACAAUACAAAGAUUUUCAAAAUAGUUCAGAAAGGGUCCCCAUAACGUUUGAAAAUCUUGAUUAGAAUCAGAAAUCGAACAACGAAUCUUGUCUAAAUUUAAACAUGACACAACAUCUCAUAACCAUUGAGCAUGUGUGGGGGGGGCAUACUUAUCUAUAGCUAUCUUAAAACAUAAGGAGUUGUGGUCACUGUUUUCUAACUGUUCACCCAUUGUCUGUCCUCUAACUGCUCACCCACUGAAAGGUCAGUCACGUAGCCAGGCUCAUUACCCAAUACAAGGCCCAGUACAACCCCUCCUCUUGUUGAACUAUUUACAUACAUAGUAUUCCUUUGAGGGGUACACAAGAGGGCAUAGGUUAAAGGUCAAAGGAAGAUCAGGGGCAGUUGCCUCACAUAAAGGGAGAUACAUCCUUGGAAUGAGUUGCCAGAAAGAGAGUUUGAGGCUGGUACAUUAGCAAUGUUUAAAAGACAUCUAGAGAAGUACGUGGAUAGGAGGGGUUUAGAAGGCUAUGGAUCAUAUGAGGGAUGGGAUAAGCUCACUGGGUAACAUAGUCGGCAUGGGCCAGCUGGAAUGAAGGGCCUGUUUCCGUCGCUAUGACUCCAUAAGUCAGGUGUUCGUAGCCUGGAAAGAAUAUGUUGUGUGUCUCCUAUUGCAGAUGCCUAACACUGGUCCACAGUCAUUCACAAGUACUAGUAUCAUGCCUUUAAAAUGAAAGUUCCCAUCUGGUUAGUUGUUUUUAUAACUGAGCCUCAGUUUCUCAGAGAUGAGUGACAAGGAAGACCAGUUUAGGUCUUUACGCGAGAUGUCAGAGAACCAGAUCUAGGUGAACUUUAUGUCCUCCUCAGUUGAAUAACUUCAUUGAUGCUGUUAUUCACAUCUGAAGCAACCAAGCUAAGAUACUGGAGUGAUACCAGUGCCUUUAAAACCAUAAUCAGCAUCUACUACAGCAAGAAAGGAAAUCAGCAAAGGCAAGUUAAACGAUCUUUGCAGUUACCUUUCAUUUUUGUUGACAUUAUAUUGACCUCAGCAUAGAAACAUUAGAUAUAGUAGCCAAAAUUUCUUAGUGCUACUGUAUUGCUGAAUAUGAUCACAUCUAAUCCUCUUUCUAAUCUACACUUAACCACUCUCCCAACAUAUUCCUCAAUAUUAUGAGAAUCCAGAAAUCUAUUGGACAAGUCUAAAUGUGUUUGCCUUCUCUGGGUUCCAAAAAUACUCAACAUUCUGUCUAAAGAAGUAUUCCAAUCCCAAUGUCUAGAUCUUUCAAUGAAAUUAUCACUCAUCUUCCAAACUCUAGAGAACAUCAGCCCAUUCCAGUUCAAAAGUCAAGAGGUUAUGUUGCACCUUUCUAAACCCCUCUCUUUGGGGAGGGUGCAGAAGAGGAUUACCAGGUUGCUAUCUUGAUUUGAGGGCAUAUACUAAUAAAAAAGGGUGGGUAAACUUGGGUUAUGUUCUCUGGAGCAGCGGAGGUCGAGGGCAGAUCUGAUAGAGGUUUAUAAGAUUAUAAGAGGUAUAGAGUAGACAGUGAGUAUCUGUUUUCCAGAGCAGAAAUGUCUAAUACCAGAGGAUAUGCAUUGAAGGUGAGAGGGGGUAGGUUCAAAGGGGAAGUGAGGGGGAAAGAUUUUUACUCAGAGAGUGGUGGAUUGUGCUGCCUGGUAUGGUGAUAGAGGCCAAAUACAAUAGAGGCUUUUAAGAGACGUUUAGAUAUGCACAUGGAUGUGAGGAAGAUGCAGUGAUUUGCACAUUGUGUAGGUAGGAGGAAUUAAUUAGAGUUUGGGUGUUUAUGAUUUGCUUCUUAAUUGGUUUGGCACAGCAAUUGGUUUGGCUCGAAGGGCCAAAUGGCCUACUCCUGCACCUAUUGUCUAUUGUCUAUUAACAUUGAGGGCUGAAGGGCUGUUCCUGUGCUGUACGGUUCUAUGUUCUAUGAUACAGCUCAGUCCUUAGAGUCAGUAAAUACUGUAUAAAUCUUGGUCAGAUUAUCUUUCUAUAGUCAGACUACAGCUCCCACAUUAAUUGUGGGUUUGUUAAAAUCUUGACGCUAACACCCACACAAUCCCAUCCUGUUGUGCUAAAGGCAAAGUUCUUUUUCUCCUAAUUGCUUGUGUUUUGUGUUAUUUUUUUAUGAUGCAUUCACUGAGACCACACAUUCGUUCUGCAGGUCAAUAUCUCCUAAUCUCUUAAUUUAGUAAGUUUAUUUUCUGUUCUCCCUAGCAAAAUCAAAAUAUCACAUUGCCUCCUGUUAUCCAUCACCACUCUCUGAGCUAGAGAUUCAUUGCAUGGUUCAUUAAUAGUUACAAGAUGGGUGCCAGUAGCAUUGCUGGUAGAGCUGCUACCUCAGAACUCCAGAGACCCAGAGGCUGUAUAGAGUUUUCACUUUCUCCCAUGCCCCGCUGUUGCUUCUUUACAUCUACCUCACAGUAUACCAGCAUACUUUCAUCAGGACGUCAUCAGAACGUUUCAGGCCGAGUCCUGAUGAAGAGUCUCGUCCCGAAACAUUGACUAUAGAUCUAUAGAUGCUGCCUGGCCUGCCGAGUUCCUCCUGUGUUUUGUGUGUGUUGCUCUGGAUUCUCAGCAUCUGUAGAAUCUUUUUUGUUUAUACUUUCCAAUGCAGCCUUGUGUUGUCAGUAGACCUGCAUUAUCUCAGUCCUCAUCAGCUGAUCUGAAUUGUGGUUAUUUCCUGCAGUCAACUCUGGAAAAGAUGAGGAGCGACGAAAGCAAAGUUUCAGAUGGGUACAAGAGCUGAGCAGUUAAGUGAGUGGACUAGCAGCUGGGGUUCUGGACCGUUGAUCCAGAGAUAUGAGAUUGAAUACCAUCUUGGUUGCUGAAUAUUUGAAUAAGACUAAAAUAUAUAAAAACAAAGCUCUUGGUAGUUGCAACCUUGAAACUAACAGAUUCUGAUGAAAAAAAAAUACAAUCAGAUUAACUAAUGUUCUUCAGGGAAGAAAAUCUGUUGUAUGUGCAAGGUCUAGCCUGUAUAUGACUCCAGACCUACUAAAGCGAUCAACUCUUAACUGUCUCCACAGUUUAGGUAUAAUUAAAGAUGAAGUACAACAUACCCAUUGCCAGUGACAUCCACUGCCUGUGAACAGAGAAGUUUUUAAAGAACAGAGAAGUUUUUAAGGGGAAUUAUCAAAAAGUGUCAUGAAAUGAGGAAACUUCAUCUCAAAGUGCUUUCCUUGUUAGUAGAUGUUUCUUUCACCGAGCAGAAAUGGGAAAGAACAUUGCUUCUUCGAUGCCAAUGAUCUCUCAUUGUGACCCAGCAGUAGCAACAUGCAAGUAGAUUAGAGGGCUGCUGCAACUAAAAUGUUUUUCAUUGACAAGCUCAGAAAAUUUGCUUAUGACUGUUAUUAAGAUGCAAAUUACUUGCAUGAUAUGAUCUUCCCUCUGGUUCUUCUCUUCCUCCAAAUGUAAAGAUAAAAUGUCAAGAUACAUGGCUUUAGGGGAUGCCAGUCUUGCAGAAUAACAUCGCUUACGGUGUCAUGAAGUUGUUGAGAAGCAUGUUACCUACCAUUAUAGGUGGAAUUUUAUUUGACAUGUAAUUACUUAUCAAGAAUUAAUUAAAUCAUAAUUUAUGAUGCAGAAGGAGGCCAUUGUGUCCACGACAGUAAAAAUGGAUUUUGGAUUAAUCCCACAUUCUAGCUCCUAAACCCUGAUGGUUACUAAUGAGUAAGGUACUAUUCAAGUGUACUGAUGGUUUCUGCCUCCGCCACGUUUUCAAGCAGCUUUCCAGACCACUAUCUCAGUUGAGUAAAAACUUCCUCAGAAGUGUUAUCAAAUUACACAAACUGAUGAUCUUCCGAUAGAGAUUUCUCAAAAAAAAAGGAAUUUCAAGACGUUUACAGGAAUUCUGAAAAAGGUGGCUUGUACUGUUUUCCCAUUUCAGUUCUGUUCCACACUGGUGUUUAUUAAAUUGGUUUUAUGUGUAUUUCUUUCGAGAUUAAUGAUCCAUUCGUGUAAAUAAUACAUCAGAUUCACCUUACAUCAGAAGGCCAUAGAGGUAUCCAGAUUGUAUUGAAUUGACCUGUGCAAUGCACUUCAAUUAACGUGCAUUUAAACUUGUCAUCUUUUAUUUUCUAACUAAUAUAUUUGAAGGCAGCAGCAUGAUUCUAAACGAAGGACAGUUCAUUGGUGAAAAAUAAAAUCUCUCCUAGUUGAAGAAUUGAUUUUAAUGCAAUAGUGGUCAUACAAAGCUAAACUCAGAAACUCAACUCAAUGAAGGUGAAGUGAGCUUUGUGUGUGCACAAAGGUUCUGGCCUUGUGCACCGGAUUGGUUGGUGGGUGAAGUGGACAAUUCAAUUACAGUCUGAUUUAUUCUGAAUGCAAGAUACUGCAGAUGCUGGAAAUCUAAGAUAAAAAGACAAAGUGCCAGAAAUAUUCACCUUCAAGAUACACCUGUGAAGAGAGAAGUGAAUUACAUUGAAGGCUGAUCUUCAAACUUACAUCGAUUCAGAGUUAACACCUUAACUCUGUUUCUCCCUCUGUAAAUGCUGUCUGACAAGCUGAGUACUUUCAGCAUUUUCUGAAGAUUAUUUAUUGACUGGAAACAUAAUUACAUACACUGUCUUAUAUAAGAAAUGCAUUGCCUAGAAAUUUUACAUUAACCCCUCCUACUGGAGUUAAGAAUCACUUACCCUUUGUAUUUCCUCCAAAACACUACCAUUCGUUAGAGAGGCUGCAGAAAAGAUUCACAAGGAUGUUGCCAGCCCUGGAGUGCUUGAGCUAUAAUUGGAUAGGUUGGGACAAUUUCCCUGCAGCAGAGGAGGCUGAGGGGUGACCUUUUCACAGUUAUUCACAACAUAUGCCGGUGAUAAUAAACCUGAGAUUCUGAUUCUGAUUAUAAAAUCAUGAGGGCUAUAGAUAAGUGGAUACUCGGGUCUUUUUCCAAGGGUACAGACGUCUAAACCUAGAGAGCAGAGGUUUAACCACCAACUGCGACUCCAGCCUUGAACUCCAGGCCGGGUCUUUAUGUGCUGCUGUUGUGACUCCCGUCUCCCCUUCCCCCACCACCACUCCGCAGCCCCGUCUUCCUCAGAUCCCACCGUCAACUCCUGGGCCCUCAGAGGCUCCAUCUUCCUCUCACCCCAACCCUCCCCUCUCCAUUGACACCCCCAGCCUCCCCCCUCCCCCCUCUGAUCCCAGCUCUCAUCCGUGCCGGGUCUUUACCAUCCCCUCCGACCUUCAACUGUCGGAGGCAGAACGCUCUGUUCUCAGUAAGGGCCUCACCUUUGUCCCCCUUCGCCCACACCUCAGCGAGUUCCGUGUUCGCCACGAUGCGGAACUUUUCUUCCGCCGUCUCCGUCUCCGAGCCUACUUCUUCGGCAAGAACUCUUCCACCCCCACCGAUGACCCCUUCUCCCGUCUUCAACCCUCCUCUUCUUCAUGGACACCCCGCUCUGGUCUUCUGCCUGCUCUGGAUCUCUUUAUUGCCAACUGCCGACGGGACAUCAACCGUCUCGACUUCACCGCACCUUGUCCCCAUUCCAACCUCACUCCUUCGGAACGCUCUGCUCUCCACUCCCUCUGCACUAAUCCUAACCUUAUUAUUAAACCCGCUGAUAAAGAGGGUGCUGUUGUAGUCUGGCGUACUGACCUCUACCUUGCCGAGGCACAGCGACAACUCGCGGAUACCUCCUCUUAUUUACCCCUCGAUCGUGACCCCACUAAGGAGCACCAGGCCAUUGUCUCCCACACUAUCAAUGACUUUAUCCGCUCAGGGGAUCUCCCAUCCACUGCUACCAACCUUAUAGUUCCCACACCCCGCACUUCCCGUUUCUACCUCCUACCCAAGAUCCACAAACCUGCCUGUCCUGGCCGACCUAUUGUCUCAGCUUGCUCCUGCCCCACCGAACUCGUUUCUGCAUACCUCGACACUGUUUUAUCACCCCUUGUUCAAUCCCUUCCGACCUAUGUUCGUGACACUUCUCACGCUCUUAAACUUUUCGAUGA